CUGAGCCAACCAAACAAUAAAAAGACAAUCGAUCCAAUCAAACUCAACUCAUUCUCAACAAGAUGUCAAUCAGAACAAUCACCUCAAGAACUUUACGUUCAACUUCACUUUCUAUCUUCAAACAAGUUUCAGUACCAAGAAUCACAUCUUAUUCUACCUAUAAACCUUCCGUUUUGAUCCGAAGUUCAAUCACUAGAUCUUCAACUUUUUCACAACAACAAAUUAGAUUUGGUAGUUCUAGUUCGAUUGGUAAAGAAGAUAUCCAACGUAGGGUUUUAGAAGUACUUGGAACUUUUGAAAAAUGUGAUCCAGCUAAAAUUACUCCUACGGCCUCUUUCACUUCCGAUCUUGGACUUGAUUCCCUAGACGCAGUAGAAGUAGUGAUGGCAAUUGAAGAGGAAUUCUCAAUCGAGAUUCCAGAUGAAGAGGCUGAUAAAAUCACCACCGUCAGCGAAGCUAUCUCAUACAUUGAGAGGACCCCAGAAGCCAUCUAAGACGGUUUCAAAGCAAAUAUAGCACAAAUUGGCAUCUGGACAGAGGAGAAACAAGUUCUUGUCAAUAAACAUCAAUCAAAGCUAGGAGGGUGUGGUAUAUUUCCUUCAAGUUGUAGUAGUCAGCUAGCCAAGAUGAUAAAAGAUAAAAUUCCACACACUCUAAACACUUACACCUUGAC